AAUAUAAUUAUUGAAUUAUCUAGAAUUUUAUCUAUUACCUCAUAGUUUGAUGUAAUUUUGAAAUAGAUGCCUUGUAGAAAUAUUAAAUUACACCAGUGCAAGAAAGGAUGUAGAAUGUAGAAUAGCCGUCUUCGAACUAGUUCUUUGCUAGUAGUACUCCUGUAGCUUAGACUUACAGCUGGAAACAACCAAAUGCUGUUCUUAAACUUAACUCAAACUGAAUAAACCAGAUGUUCCUGCCCCUUCCUCACAUGACCCUUUCUUCUCCAGAUUCAUCAACAACGAUUAUUCACAAAGGCCCAAGUUUCAAGCACUUUAGUAAACUCCGGCGCGCCAGCCCAGAAUCCUCAAAGAGUAUGCGUUCAAGUUUGAGGCAGCUCUUAAGCAGAUCUCGACUCUCCGGCAGUUCGAGAUCUACAACCAAAACAUCAGAGGCCAACGCAUCGGAAAAAUCCUCAGAACACAAUAGAUCUGUAAAAGGAAAAGAGCUUGCACGUCCGAGUAGGGACAGCGUGGACGAAACCGGUCCGGCGCAGACCCUGAGGCGGCUGACUCACAGACGUGCAUCUUCUGACUCUAAGGCGACAAGCGUUUCUCUCUCGGAUGUGUCGGAGACCGCCGUGUCGGCGCAGGCGUCGGACCGGGCGGUGCAGGUGCGGCCGUGCUUCUGCGAGCCGCGCGUGGCCGUCACCAACAUGCUCACGCGGUGGGACAAUCUCUUGGUGGUGCUAGUGUGUGCGACAGUGAUAGUGCUUGUAUUGACAGCACCCGUUUCUUUCUUUUUGGGAAGAAAUAGUAAUAAUAAUCGGCGGACGUAAGUGUAAAUAUAUAUUAUUUUUAUUUGCGGUUUUUGUUUCCUUUUUCGUGUGUUACUUCUAAGAUUGGAAUAGGAGGUAAGGUUAUUUUACAUCACUUGAAUCAAAGGUAGUUUACUGAUCGACAACAUUGUUACGCUUAGAGAAAUAGACGGAGUUCUUGAACUAUUCAUCUUCCAGAGAAAAUUCGGACGUUAAUUGAGACUUAGUAGUUUCAUAGGAUAUAAGCAUAAACAACUCGAAAUUAAGACACUUGAACACAAAAGCACUUCAGAACACCCGCCCCCACCCCACCCCGCUAGCGUAGUCUUCUAUAUUGCCUCUUAUUUGAAUUAGCUACACAGAUUUAGAAAUGCAAUAAAGGCGGUGUGUUACUUGCUUAUUAUGCGAGGCAUGUCCCAGCAGUCAGCUGGGGGAAAUGCCUCGUCCUGACACCUACGACAUUCGGUGACGUCAUACGAACACAAUGUGAUCAACUUCAUGGAAAACAGCAGUAGGUGUAGUUCAGUGGGGGCUGAAAUUUAUGUGGAAUUUAAGCGCUGAAAUAUUUCUGUUGAUUGUUAUAAAGGCUUUCACACACGAAAAACGUAUGUAAAGUAUACAAGUUCUAGGAAGGUUUGAAGAAAAUUUAUGAUUAAUAUGUACAAACACUCACAGCACAUGUGGAAACUUUUAUUGGGAUUUCGUACCGUAUAAAUAUUUCGAAGAAGCGAAAUAAUCGUGUAUUGAGUUUAUUAUAUUAUAUAGUAUAGUAUAUUUCGCAGCAGAUAUGCGAAAUAUUUGUAGAAGCCUAUCUAAAGGUUACUGGAACGGUACUUUCAGGUAUUUUUAGACACAUAACACUAAUUCCCUAGCUAAGUAGGCGUAGCGAUAGACGUCACAAGUUUACACGUUAUGAUCCGAUAUCACGAACGAUAAACACCUGAGGCGUACUUAAGGAGUCGUGACGGCAAGCAUGGACAUUUACUGGAUAUGUGUAUGACUAGAAGGUAGGAAAGUCUUAGUAAUCUUAGGUAUAGUGUCUUAGGUUGUCUGAUGAUUUAAAACGUGGUUUAUGUACCGGCAAAACCAUAGACAAAUACCUAAUCUUUGUUCAUUUUGAAAGUAGAAAUUUAAUAAUAGAGUAUUAAGAAGCUCUCCGAAAGCAGUAAGGCUUCUUAUUUUCCAUAUUAGCUC